AUGGAGUUCAUACCGAAGGAUAGAAUAUUGGAACUUCAUCCAGACACCUUGUACCAGGUGCGCAAGGAAGUUAACUUGGAGAAACCGGGUGAGAUGAAACGUGCUGUGAAUAUAUUAAAAGAAUGGAUAAAACAACAGCCACAUUUUAUAAAAAAAGAUUUUCCUGAUUUUUACCUCGAAACAUCAAUAGUUGGCACAAAAGGGUCGGUCGAAAGAGCAAAGAAACAAUUCGACAAAGUCUGCACGAUAAAGACUCUAAUGCCACAAUUUUUUGAUACUUAUGAUGUGAGAAAAGAACUCGCAAUUGACCUAGAAAAUUCCAUAUACAUGGCGAUGUUACCAAAACUAACGAAAGAACACUACAGAGUAAUUGUAACAAAGGUUGUUGGUGUGUUUGAAAAUUCAAGCACUUAUACUAAAUAUUUUAAGUUUUGUCUUAACAUGGCCGAAUAUGCAAAAAGUCAUGACUAUGUGGGUAGUUUUAGAAUGAUAGCAGAUCUAACAGACUGUAACCUUAUGGACUGCAUAUCCAAGAUCAAUCUACUUGAAAUACGACAAGUCAUGUCAAUAUUUAUGGAUGGAUACGGUAUGAAAAUCAAAGGAAUCCACUUCAUAUCACAAAGUAAAGCAAUAGAUGCCCUUCUCACAAUUUUUAAACAGGUCUUGAAGCCAAAAAUUGCAGCUCGGAUGCACGUCCACAAGACAUACAAAGAUUUACAUAAAAUCAUAGAGAAAGAUGUGUUGCCAUCAGACUUUGGCGGGAACGAAAGAUCUAUGAAGGAGCUAUUUGAUGAGUGGGUGGAUAUUCUGUCAACGGAUGAACAUAAAGAAUACAUUAAACACAUAAACAGUGCUGGGACCGAUGAAUCCUUAAGAUCAAAAGACAAAUUUAAUGAGGACUGUGCAGGAUUGCCUGGAACUUUUAGAUUAUUAACUAUUGAUUAA